AUGGAGAGAGUACAUUUCCAGCAGGAGCAGAUGCUCGACGAGCUGAAAGAUCUUGUUGAGAAGAACUUGUUUACAGAGCAAGAGACCAAGAUGAUUAUGAAGAAACGGACUGCGUUUGAGAGCUCGCUUGUUAGACGUGUGGCUAAAAAGGCGGAUUACCUGCGGUAUGCUGCGUACGAGAUGGGAUUGGAACAGCUGCGACGAAAGCGUGUUGCGCGCAUGCAAGUAGCCCCUGGACCUGCGACAGUGUCGGACUAUGCGCUUGUGCGCAGGCAAUUCCAUAUAUUCGAGCGCGCGGUGAAGAAAUUCAAAUCGGAUGUAGGGUUGUGGGUGCAAUACAUCGAAGUUGCGAAACGGGAGGGAGCCCGGGCGCUCGUGGGCAGGAUUACAGCAAGAGCGCUGCAACUCCAUCCGAAUAAACCAGCGCUAUUUAUUAUUGCGGCUUCACAUGAACUUGAUCAACAUUCGCCGUCCGCUGCACGGGUACUGAUGCAACGCGGGAUCAGACUAAACCCUGAGAGCCUGGAGAUGUGGAAAGAGUAUGUAAAAAUGGAGCUAGGAUUCAUUGAAAGCCUGCGGCGACGAUGGGAUGUGCUAGGGAUCAAACUAGGGGCCAAGGAGGAAGAAAAAGAGGAUGCAAGCGAGCUGAUUGUCGGAGAAGGAAUAAGCGAAAAAGAGGUGGACAAGACAGCAGAAAUGGACGGGGAAUACGAGAAGGAGGAAGCGAGACGCAAGGUGAUGGACGGUGCUAUUGUUGCAUCUGUCAUCAGCAGUGCGGCGCAAGCGAUUCCACGGGUGGAACUGUUUGAAUGUAUCAAGGAAGCCAUCUGUAAUUAUCCAUCUCCGGGGGGACUACGGCAGCGGCUUCUGGACCACCUGUACGAGGAGGCUAGACGGAGACUGCCGGGAGAUGCACGGAUGGCGGUGUUUGUAGCGCGACGACAACUGGGGGCGGGCGUGACGGGAAGCGCGCUGGUGGAGGGUAUACGGACGGCGAACGAGGAGUUGGCAGGACGGAUACGGGAGACGGGCGCUAAAAACGAGGAGCUGUGCGCUGCAUACAUGGAAUUCCUGGAAGAAUGGUGCGGAGAGAGCAGCCUGCCUGGAGAGACUGAUCAGGGACAGCAAGCAUCACUCCGGCGCACUGCUGGCCGGGCACCUCCGGCUGCUGGGGAUGGAUCCGGAGACAAAUGCGGAAAAAUUGGGCCGGAUUGGGGCAAAAUACAGGCGGAUGAUGAUUAUGUAGUCGUGGGAAUAUUGGCAGCAUGUGUGGCCUGUCUGGCAGCACAUGUCUCCUUCCGGAUUGGGCAGGGCUGCGGAGAAGAGAUUCCAUAG